AAAAACGUAUCCCGCCUAGUACUACUACUGAGCGUCAAGCUGCAUCGGCCUAGACUCCUAGAGCACUAAUUGUUUAUGUGUGAUUUUACGUUUUCGGCUUAUACACGAUGGCUUUCCCCACAAGUCAUAAAACAGUGUUUGUGAUGGACCACACCUUAGUUGCUUCGUCUGGGGUAAAACUAGAAAUGGACUCUUUUAGUAAAGCCCGGAGUAGCACAAGUGGCAAUCAGUCAUCCAUGUCACAACCAAUGAACCUCAUUCCUCUUCGUCCAGUAUCAAAAUCAUUAUGGACUUGUGCAGUGGAAGCGAUCACUGAGUAUUGCCGAAUUGUGUGGGAUAUAUUUCCUGGGUCCAGGCUGAUUCGUUUUAUUGCUGUUGAUAAAACAUGUCACAAAAUUUUGACAUGGAAUGGUGAAGAGCAGAAUCUACCCAACUUAAUGAAUUCUUUCAUGUCUCUAGGACCUGCAAAAAAUAUUGGAAGUGGGAAAGUUGAUUUGUUGAAAGGUCUUAAGGCUGGGAUUGAAGCACUUACAGAGCCUUCUGCUAUUCAGCAUGAAAAGAGAACAUCUCUAACAGAAAAUGCUACAAAAGUCCUCAACAAAGGUAGAAUUGUAUUAGUAACCAAAAUAGAAUGCGAGGAAGAGGUUAAAAUUAUUAAGGAAAAAUUUCAUGAUGUUUUGUUGCAAAUGAAUAAAACUGCUGCUGCAACAGAUAACUUAAUGGCAAUUAAUCACUGUGAUCUUGUUGUUCUUAACUUGUGGCCAGAUGGACAUACUUGUCCAAUACAAAGAAGAUCCUGGCCAGAUGCCUCCACCUUAAUGUCAUGUGAACUUACUACAAUUCAAGGUGGAACAUCUUUGGCUCCUAAACUGUGUAAUCUUGUAUUAAAGCAUUAUGAUCUGGCUUCUACAACAGUUACUGGUAUACCCAUGAAGGAAGAACAAAAUGCAAGUUCAUCUGCAAACUAUGAUGUAGAAUUAUUUCAUCCAGCAGCUGCUCAUGCUGCUAUCCUUAAGGGAAUCCCAGCUGAGACUGCUCAUUUGAAAACCUAUCGUGAUGGCACUGAUUAUGAAACCGUUACUCUUAAAUGGUGCACUCCACGAAGUAAUGCUAGUAUGGAACUUCAGCACUGCUCUUCAGCCUACAGGAUUACUUCUGUAGAUGUUAACAGUCGCCCAUCAUCUUGUCUCACAAAUUUUUUGCUGAAUGGUCGUUGGGUUAUGUUGGAAAUGCCACGAAAGUCUGGGAGCAAAGUUAUAUCACACAUGUUAGCAUGUCAUGGAGGUGAUAUUUAUAUCCAUACUAUGUAUACUUCUAGGAGUAUCUUAGAAGAUCCCCCAUCAAUUAGUGAGGGCUGCGGUGGCAGAGUGACUGACUAUAGAAUCCCUGACUUUGGAGAACUUAUUAAAGCCAAUAGAUUAGCACCUUUCCCUGAUUCUUUACUUGAGAGUGAAGAAAAUUCCACACCCCUUGAACGAAGUCGUGAACAGCUAAUCAGGCAUACCAAAUACUGGCCCAUUACCCUUUCUUCAACAUCUCUCUUUAAUCUAGGCACUCAGAUUGAACCACUCACCACAUUGUUGCUUAAAGAAACCUUAACAGAAGAUGAAGUAGUUGAAUGUAAACAAGUUAUAUUAUGUUUAAUGAGCAUGGAGGCUAGAGGAGAUCCUUUACCAUCAACUAUGGUUGGGCAGCGAGGAAAAGGACUGAAGCGCGAAGAGCAAUAUCGAGCAGUAUGGGCAGAACUGGAACAAUAUCUUCAACUUCAUCUUCACUCACCUGCACAUGAAAAAGUCUGGGAAUGUUUUAUGGAGUGCCAUAACAAAGCAGCAACUCCUGAAUACAAAAGUGAUGACAAAGUUGACAUUGAUCAAGCUUUGAAAGAGUUAGAUGAUUACAAUUACAUGACAGAGAGAGAAAAACAAGAAUUCAAUAUGGGAACUAGCUCCAAAAGCACACCUACAGAUCAAUCUGCACCAGAGAGUAAAAGGAGAAGGACAGUACCUCCUCCUUUAGCACCAAUGGGCCGUAACAGUGGAGUUAGUCUUUUGACAUUGUGGGAGAAUAAGGUCUCUUCAGAACAAUCUCGUAGGUGUUUAGAAUUUCAGGGACGGUUACGAGCAGAAAAUGAUGUUACAAAGUUAUAUAUCAACAUGCCCAAAGAUAAAGAUAAGGAUGAAGGUUCAAGAAAAAGCAGUAAGGUAUAAGUUUCUUAAUAUUUGCUGUGUAUGGUGUAUGAUAUCUGAAAAUAGCCAUUUCAUUUACGUGGAAUUGUUUAUUGUUGUGUGCAAGUCAAACAUUAAAGAACAGAUUUUUAGAUGUAUGUAAAUAUUUAUAAUGCUAUUUUAGUUAAUAAAAAAUUUAUUACAAUAUU